AUGGAGGAGGUCAUUGCAGGGCUGGAAGGCUUCACCUUUGCCUUCGAGCAGGAUGUGGAAUUGCAGAAGGGCACUGGGCUCCUGCCUUUCCAGGGCAUGAACAAGUCCAGCUCUGCCAUGUGCAACUUCUUCACCAAAGGGCUCUGUGAGAAGGGGAUGCGGUGCCCGCUUCGCCAUGAGAAGGGUGAGAAGAUAGUGGUGUGCAAACACUGGCUUCGAGGGCUCUGCCGAAAGGGUGACUGCUGCAACUUCCUGCACCAGUAUGACCACAGCAGGAUGCCCGUGUGCUACUUCCACUCAAAGUUCGGUAACUGCAGCAACAAGGAAUGCCCCUUCCUCCACGAGAAGCCAGCUCCUGAGCCCCAGGACUGCCCUUGGUAUGACCAAGGGUUCUGCAAGGAAGUAGGUCCCCUGUGUAAAUACCGCCAUGUCCAACAAGUAAUGUGUCCCAACUACUUCACCGGCUUCUGCCCCAAGGGACCUAAGUGCCAAUUUGGACACCCCAAGAUGAGUCCUGUACUUCACCCCAGUAAUGGGAAGGUAAGUCUUGUCAACCAGUCUUGGGAUUCAACUACUCCAGCUUCUACUGGCAACACUGUAGCGAGGCCCUUACCAGGCAAAGCCCAUGGUCCCCCAUCAGAAGAGGUGGAGCCUGCUUCCGGCCUGCAGCUCUAG